AUGGAGAGCUUGGAGCCAUGGCAGGAGUUGGAAAACAAGGUCGUGAUGGUGACUGGCGCGUCGUCGGGACUGGGUCGGGUGUUCUGUUUGGACUUAGCCAAAGCCGGCUGCAAAAUAAUAGCCGCCGCCAGGCGAAUCGACCGCCUGAAAUCACUCUGCGAUGAGAUCAAUAAUGGUAUUGCUUCCUCCAAAUCAAGUGAUCCGAGCCACGAUCAAGCCAGAGCUGUGGCCGUGGAACUGGACGUGAGCGCCAGUGGACCAACCAUCGAGGCUUCUGUGCAAAAGGCUUGGGAUUCGUUCGGACGGAUCGAUGCUUUGGUCAACAAUGCCGGUAUUAGAGGUCCUUUGCACACUCCAUUGGAGUUGUCGGAGGAGGAAUGGGACAACAUCAUGAAAACAAACCUGAAGGGGACCUGGCUGGUAUCGAAGUAUGUUUGCAUGCGAAUGCGUGAUACAAAACUGGGAGGAACUGUCAUUAAUAUCUCCUCUAUUGCUGGUCUUCACCGUGGGCAACUCCCUGGAGGCCUUGCCUAUGCUUCUUCAAAGGUCGCUGUUAACACCAUGACAAAGGUUAUGGCCAUGGAAUUGGGAGCGUUCAAAAUAAGAGUGAACUCAAUAUCUCCUGGGCUAUUCAACUCUGAGAUAACGCAAGGACUCAUGCAAAAAGAUUGGCUAAAAAAUGUUGCGUUGAAAACCGUCCCUUUAAGAACUUUCGGGACAUCUGAUCCAGCAUUGACAUCACUUGUUCGAUACUUAAUCCAUGAUUCCUCUGAGUAUGUCACGGGCAAUGUUUUCAUUGUUGAUGCAGGAGCCACUUUACCUGGUGUCCCAAUUUUCUCCUCUCUUUAG